AUGGUCCCUAACAGUAGAUUGGAUACGCCAUUACUGGCAGAUUCUAUCGAUACUGAUGCAAAUUUUGUUCCAGAUGAUAUCGCAUAUCAAUCGCAAUUGUACACUUCCAAUUUUACAAAUAGUAAUUCUUCUAAUUCCGGAGGAACUUCCCAGUAUGACAGCGCUGAGCUACUUCAAAGCCCUAAAGAUGCUUCAAUCAUCUGCAAAAGCUAUUUCUAUGGCCAAGUAUCCACGGUUAUGAAAGCUGCUAUCUGGUGGAGCAUGAUGGGAGUAUUGGUUACAGAAUUUACUAGGUCGUACGAUGGAUUGUCAAUAACGAGAUGUUCCUUCAAUCUUGCACUAAUAUUUGGAUCUUUCGUUGCUAAUUUGAUAGCAGAGGCAGUAAAUAUUCGCAAAUUACUCUGUAUUACGACAUCAAUUAGAUUGUUAAUUUGGUCCAUUCUUGUACCCGCAUUUUGGGUUAUAUCCUCCAUUUAUUUGAAAUAUGAACGAACCUUUCUUAUAGCUUUUAUCGUAUUAAUGGCGAUUGACGGUUUACAGGUAGCAUUUUCUAAUACUGUAGAUUUAGAUUAUGAAGGAAUUGAUAGAGUAUCAAAUCAGUAUGAUAUAGUAGUACCGGAAAGUUUGCAUUUGCAUAUGAAUAAUGUUUAUCAAAUGUUUUUUGACUUUUCUUUUGCAUUUUUCGCAGUUCCGAUAUCGGUUUUGAUGUAUUAUAUCAAGAAAUGGACACAUAUCAGGGAUACAAUGAUUUUUGUAUCGGUUUUUGUUGUUGUAUUUUUCAUAUUAUCGGCCAUAUCGAUUUCUUGCUACGCCUUUGGAAUGCCCGUAGUUAGGUCGCCACAAUAUUUGGCUUAUUCACAAAGUUUGAAUUUAUCAUUAUUUACUGUAUUAAGAGAGAUGAGUGAUAAGAUACGCGAUAACAAGGAUGGGAUGAGAAUUAUAUUUUUUCAGCGCCCUCUCAUGAAAAAUGUCCUUUUCUUUUCCGUGGAAACAGCAUUUGAGAAUUCUAUGUUCUUACUCAUCAUACCAAGGAUAGCAAUGACAAGUAGUUGGUUUCCUACAGAUGAUUCUACCAUUGUAAAUCUUUUUUCUGUUUGUCUUAUUGCGAUGGGGAAAAUAGGUGGUUCUUUGUAUGGAAUAUACGUCACUUACAAGGUUCAAUAUGAUCCAGGUUAUGGUCAUCUCUACCGUUCUUCAAGGAGAUCGGUAAGAAGGUGUUUGGUUUUGGGUUCACUUUCUCUUUUCCUAUUACCUACAUCUUUGGUUGUGAAGAAAACACUACCAACAAAGGGUUGGAUAUCUUUAGGUAUAUUAUUUCUGGGGGUUUUCCUCUUUUUUGCCUUUUCAGCAGUUCCAAAGAUAACAUUUUCUUCACAACUUCAGUCUUCUAUAGCGAAUCAUCCCCUCUCACACAAAUUGUUUGAUUUUGUCAGUACAUUCAUCACAUUUGUUGAUGCCUCUGUACUAUUCUUACUCAAUUUCGCUUCGACAUAUCCAGGUGGCGAUUACACUGCAGAAAAAAUCUCGCUUUAUGGUGCAAUAUUCUAUGUAGUUUACGUGAUAUUUCAACUUUUUACAGGUAUGAUUCAUAUCUACUCCAUUAAACAUUUAUUAUUAGAAUUGAGGAGGCCCUCCGACUUAUCGCACAACAGACAUACACUAAUUACAAGUUAA